ACAGCAAGGAUGUGCUGACCACAAAGGCGCUCUCGGUUGUCAAUAUGAAGGUCUUGGUUGGUAUCCUGGUGCUCUGCGCGGUGGCGGCGGCUCGUCAGAUCGACGACCAGGUGGUGUUCAACUACCACGAGAGGGUGGGCUUCGGCCGGGCGGCGCGCAUCCAGGCCGCUGAGGAGAGCGCCGCGGUCAGGGUGGUCGGAGGAGACUCCGCCGCACUUGGGGAGUUCCCCUAUCAUGCUGGUCUGGUGAUCUCCAUCGGCGGUCGCUUCUCCGUGUGCGGCGCGGCUCUGGUCUCCAGCACCCGUCUGCUGACCGCGGCCCACUGCUGGUUCGACGGUCGCAACACCGCCGACUCCUUCGAGGUGGUGCUCGGCUCCGUCCAGCUCUUCCACGGAGGCUUGAGGAUCAAGACCAGCGACGUGGAGACGCACGCUGACUUCAACCCGUGGCAGUUCCGCAACGACAUCGCUAUCAUCCGCAUCCCCGCUGUCACCUUUGAUGAGAACGUAAAGCCUAUUAUUCUUCCCAAUGGGCUGCCCAAUACCUCAUUCACCGGAUUUACGUCACUCAUCUCCGGUUUUGGAAGGACUAAGGAUGGUGCGUCCAUCACGACCGACGCGUUCCUCAGCUACGCGCAGGUCUCCGUGACCUCCAACGAGAGCUGCCGCCGCGCCUUCCCGCUAUACGUGACCCCCAGCAACAUCUGCAUCAGCGGCGCCGGCGCCACCAGCACCUGCGGCGGAGACUCCGGCGGACCCCUCACUAUUGACUACUUUGGCCAGAAGGACAAGCGCGUUUUGAUCGGUAUCGCUUCAUUCUUCUCCUCGGAGGGCUGCGAGCUGAACCGCCCCGCCGCCUUCGUCCGCAUCACCUCCUACCUCUCAUGGAUCAAUGAGCGUUUUACGUUUCGUUUCAUCUCAAACGGACAAACCGUGGUAAAUAUGAAGGUCUUGGUUGGAAUUUUGUUGCUCGCUGCGGUGGCGGCCGCCCGCCUGGUCUCUGAGGACCUGACUGCCUUCAACUACCACGAGAAGAUUGGUUUCGCCAAAGCCGCUAGCAUCCUCGCGGCCGAGCAGAGCAUCUCCACCAGGAUUGUCGGAGGAAGCGCCGCCAAGCCCGGAGACUUCAAGUACCAGGCUGGUCUGGUCAUCAGCAUCGGGCAGGCGCGUUCCGUAUGCGGAGGAGUCUUGCUGUCCGCCACUCGCGUUCUGACCGCGGCCCACUGCUGGUUCGACGGCCGCAACCAGGCCCAGGCCUUCGAGGUGGUGCUCGGCUCCACCCUGCUCUUCACCGGGGGCCAGCGCGUGCACACCACCGACGUGCAGACCCACGAGAACUGGAACCCCAUCUUUGUUCGCAAUGACGUCGCCAUCGCCCGUAUUAGCGCAGUCACCCUGGACGACAACGUGCAGCCCAUUGCUCUGCCCGUAGGCUUGACCGACAACAACUUCGUGGGCUACAAGGCUGUUGCCUCUGGUUUCGGAAGGACCAAGGACGGUGCCGGUAUUGAGCCCACCCAGUUCCUCAGCUACGCGUGGCUGGAGGUGAUCGCCAACGACGUCUGCAGACGCAGCUUCCCCAUCAACGUGUUCUCCUCCACCAUCUGCAUCAGCGGGGUUAACGCCACCAGCACCUGCAACGGAGACUCCGGCGGUCCCCUCGCCGUCGAGAUCGACAACAAGCGUGUCUUGAUCGGCAUCACCUCAUUCGGCUCAGCUCAGGGCUGCGAAAACGACUCCCCCGCCGCCUUCGCACGCAUCACCUCCUUCCUGCCUUGGAUCCAAGCUCGCCUAUCAGUGGAGAUAGAAAUGAAGUUGAUAUUUGGAUUGGUCCUUUUAGCGGCGGCCGCUUCGGCCAGGGUACCGUUGAGGAUUGUUGAGGACGUUGAGGAGACGUCCGCUUUCAACUACCACGAGAAGUUUGGUAUCGCGGAGGCGGCGCGCAUCCAGGCCGCCGAGCGGGAGGCCACCAGGAUCGUCGGAGGCAGCACGUCCAGCCUCGGGCAGUUCCCUUACCAGGCCGGCAUUGUGAUAACGCUGAUCGAUGGAAGGACUUCAGCGUGCGGCGGUAGUUUGCUAUCCAACACGCGCGUGCUGACAGCGGCCCACUGCUGGUUCGACGGUGGCAGCCUGGCCAGGAGCUUCCAGGUGGUACUGGGAUCCAUCCGCCUGUUCUAUGGCGGCAUUCGCAUCGUCACCAGCAACGUGGAGAUGCACGGCAGCUGGAACCCGCUCAGCACCAGGAAUGACAUCGCCAUGGUCAGACUGGGCAGAUCCGUGUCUUACAACAACAACAUUAGAAACAUUGCUCUGCCCGUUGGCCUCGCAAGUCAGAGCUUCGCGGGACAAUCUGCUGUCGCUUCCGGAUUCGGUGCUAUCAGGGACGGCGUUGGCAUCGCCAACGACCAAGUGCUGAGUCACGUGCGCCUCAACGUGAUCUCCAACGUGGAGUGUCAGCGGUUCUACCCCAACUAUGUGGGCGACACCACGGUGUGCACCAGCGGCGCCGGCGCGGUGGGCCCCUGCGGCGGAGACUCCGGCGGCCCGCUCGCCGUCGACCACAACAACCAAAGAGUCCUCAUCGGAGUGACGUCAUUCGGCUCGGGCUCCGGCUGCCAGGCCAACCAGCCCGCCGCCUUCAGCCGCGUCACCUCCUACGUGUCCUGGAUCCAGGCUAGAUUGUAAAUACCUCAAGAAACUCGAAGCCUAACGCCACGCUCGGAAAUCUCGUCCCAAGGUGUCCUACAACUACACUUUACAACACAAGCGGGCAACAUCUUGUAGCCGCACAUUCAUGCCAGGAGCCAGGAACUGACAAGGUGUCGCCGUCGACGGACACGUCGUGGAUGCCAUCACCUCUAAAUGAAAGAAACGAUUGAAUUACCAUCAUGUUUUCUUGUAAAUAUACUAAAUU